UUAAAUCAUUCACACAGAGAUCACUGUCCCUAUCACAGACAAACAGCAAGGCUUCUUUGACAAAACAUUUUUUAAUAUUAUUAUUAUAGUUUAAUAGUGUAUAUUAUCACUAACUUCCAAUGGGACAUCCAAAUGGUGUAGUGGGAACAUUCCAAGUAUGGGAUUAUGUUGUAUUUGCUUGCCUGUUUGUGAUAUCUUCUGGUAUUGGAGUCUUUUUUGCUAUAAAGGAGAGGAAAAAUGUGUCAUCGAAGGAAUUCUUAGUUGGUGGACGACAGCUGACGUGUGGUCCGGUGGCACUCUCUCUUACAGCCAGCUUCAUGUCAGCAGUGACUGUUAUUGGAACUCCCACAGAUGUAUACCGCUUUGGGGCUGCGUUUAUUAUAUUUGGCAUUGCAUACACGCUGAUGGUGUUCUUCACAGCAGAGCUCUUUCUUCCUGUGUUCUAUCGGUCAGGAAUCACCAGCACAUAUGAGUAUCUCGAGUUACGCUUCUCUAAGACGGUCCGUAUAGCUGCUACUCUAAUUUACACAGUGCAAACGAUUUUGUACACCGGAGUAGUGGUGUAUACUCCAGCUCUAGCUCUUAAUCAAGUGACAGGAUUUAAUCUCUGGGGAUCUAUAUUUGCUACUGGAAUUGUCUGCACCUUCUACUGUACAUUGGGAGGACUAAAAGCUGUAGUGUGGUCCGAUGCCUUCCAGAUGGUAGUGAUGUUGGGUGGUUUUCUCACUGUGCUGGUACAGGGCACAUAUAAAGCUGGAGGAAUCGGUACAGUAUGGGAGACGGCACAAGCUGGACAAAGACUUAAUGUGUUUGACUUUGACCCCAGUCCACUGAGACGUCACACAUUCUGGACAAUCUCUGUUGGGGGCAUGUUCACAUGGCUGGGCAUUUAUAGUGUAAACCAGUCUACAAUCCAGAGGUGUAUUUCCUGUAAGACAGAGACCCAUGCUCGCUGUGCUCUGUAUCUGAAUCUGCUGGGUCUAUUGUUGAUUGUCUUUUGUGGUGUGGUCUCAGGACUCGUUAUGUACACUUUCUAUUCCCGUUGUGACCCCUGGACAGCUGGCUAUGUGUCAGCUCCUGACCAGCUCAUGCCAUACUUUGUACUAGAAGUAUUGGGCAACUUUCCAGGUCUGCCUGGGCUGUAUGUGUCUUGUGCUUUCAGUGGGAGCCUCAGCACAGUGGCUGCCAGUAUCAACGCUCUGGCCACAGUGACGUAUGAGGACUUUGUGAGCCAGUGUUUCAAAAACCUCUCCAACAAAUCGGCUAUGUGGAUCAGCAAAGCCCUGUGUGUGCUUUUUGGAGUGAUCUGUACCAGCAUGGCAAUAGCAGCAUCAAAAAUGGGAACAGUUGUGCAGGCUGCUCUCAGUAUCCACGGCAUGUGUGGAGGGCCGAUGCUUGGUCUCUUCUCUUUGGGAAUUUUCUUCCCUUUUACAAACACUCUGGGGGCUAUAGGAGGUCUGACAAUGGGCAUUUCUUUGUCCUUCUGGGUGGGAGUUGGAGCCUUUUUCCACACUGCUUCUCCCAAUAACACUCACCCACUUCCUCUGAGCACAGAGACCUGUAACCUAUUGAACACCACAGUUACAGCAGUAACUCCCACAGCCAGUUCAGAUACAGGAUCUGUGCUAGCUGAUUCCUGGUACUCCAUGUCCUACCUGUACUACAGUGCAGUGGGUUUUCUGGCCACAGUUAUAGGAGGCCUGCUCAUCACGCUGAUAACAGGCCCCAAUAAACCACAGGAGGUGAAGCCUGGGCUGAUUCGGCCGGUGUGUGACCUGUUCUGCUUUUGUUCAGAGAAAUUAAGGAUCAUGUGCUGGUGUGGUGUCAACCAUGCAGAGGACAAAAUGGAAUUGAAUGGUGUGGAUUUUGGAACAGUGUGGGAGAAUCAGCCAGACCAGGACAGUAAAUGUGAGACAAAUGGAAGCAAUCUGAGUAACAGGAUGCAUGUUGAGCCUUACAUCAAUACAGCUUUUGUCCCAGACAGAGCUGGCCAUAAGCUGUCAAAACAGCUAUAAACUUGAAAAAGUAGUUUUAAAUAAGUUUGUAAAAUUUUAUUCACAUAGGGCAGGUGUGGGUACAGCUUUCAUUCCUGGCUUUUAAUAGACUCAAGCAUGGCUUCUGAUUAGCUCUCAAGCAUGAUUGGAAUGAAAACCUGCACAGACUUGCUUUUCACUUUACUUUCACACUUAAACUACAAAACUACAAGACACAUGCCAUUUCAUACAGGAAACAAAAGACCCACCAACCAUGGCAGUUAAAAGAUACAGUCAUUGAUUUAUUACAGAAAAGAGUGAUAUCCAAAUUUAUUCUAUAGAUGUUUUGUACAUUUUUUCAUAUAUUUUAUUAAAUUUUUUAACAUGUAAACAGGGAUGGUGUAAACAAAACACGCUGUUGAUAUUGUUUAUGUCACCAUAUUCAUCAAGUACACAUCAGAAUGCACUGAAUGUGCUAUUGUACUGAAACAUUGUUCAUGGUACAUAGUGGGCUCCUUACAGCUCAUCACCAGCUCACGUGGUGAGGUGAGAGGUCAGUGGGUGAUUAUAUAGCUAUCAUUAUCUCACUGAGUAAGCACAUAUUGCCUUUUUAACAUAGUACCCGUCAGUAGGCACUGCAAUUGUGCACAUCUUAUUAAUGCAUAAUGGAUAUUAAACUCUAUCAUAACUACACUCAGCAU